GUAGGGCCGUCCGACAGGCCCUGCUAGCACCGAAGUGGGAGGAACCUGCUUCGGCUCCAUUCACCCAUCCCAUCGCUUCUUUUAUCACGAUCCGGCAUCCUCUCCACACCCUUUUCUCCCUCCUCUUUUCCAUUCCUCCAACUUCUUUCCCGCCUUCUCCUCUCCAUCACCAGGGAGUUUGGUCUUCUUGCCAGUCUGAGACUGUUCGUGCUAUUGCUUCCCCUCUCAGCUCUUAUGGUAUCAUAGGGAGGCUCAAUUGCUGAGAUUGUGCUCGUGUGCUCUCGUCGCCACAUUUUAUACAUCUCAGGAUCUCAACCCUCACGAUGCUGGCCACGCGACAAAUCCUGGGCAAUGUUGCCCGUUCGCGCGUCGCCGCCAACUUGGGCCUUCGCAGGACAAUGGCCACCGUCUCCGACUCCCCCCUUGACAAGAAGGUCAAGCAAAACAACUGGGAGGAGGGCAACUUUAUCAACUACAAGAAGAUGUCGGAAAAUCUGUCCAUCGUCCGCUCGCGUCUCAACCGCCCUCUUACCUUUGCGGAGAAGAUUCUGUACUCUCAUCUUGACGAUCCCCAUGGCCAAGAGAUUGAGCGUGGUGUCUCUUAUCUCAAGCUGCGUCCCGAUCGCGUGGCUUGCCAGGACGCUACUGCCCAGAUGGCUAUCCUGCAGUUCAUGUCCGCUGGCAUGCCCCAGGUUGCCAACCCCACCACUGUUCACUGCGAUCACUUGAUCGAGGCCCAGAUUGGUGGCGAGAAGGAUCUUACCCGUGCUAUCAACAUCAACAAGGAGGUUUACGACUUUUUGUCCUCGGCUUGUGCCAAGUACAACAUCGGUUUCUGGCGCCCCGGUUCUGGUAUCAUCCACCAAAUCCUUCUCGAGAACUAUGCUUUCCCCGGUGGUCUUCUGAUUGGCACUGACUCGCACACUCCCAACGCUGGCGGUCUGGGAAUGUGCGCUAUUGGUGUUGGUGGUGCCGACGCAGUCGAUGUCAUGGCUAACCUUCCUUGGGAAUUGAAGGCUCCUAAGGUGAUUGGUGUCAAGCUGACUGGACAGCUGUCUGGCUGGGCCGCCCCUAAGGAUAUCAUUCUCAAGGUUGCUGGCAUCCUCACUGUCAAAGGUGGCACUGGUGCCAUUGUUGAAUACCACGGACCUGGUGUCGAAAGUAUCUCUGCCACCGGCAUGGGUACAAUUUGCAACAUGGGUGCUGAAAUUGGUGCUACUACCUCUCUCUUCCCCUUCAACGACCGUAUGCACGAAUACCUUGCCGCCACUAAGAGAACUGCUAUUGGCGAUUACGCUCGCAGCUAUGCUAAGGAGCUCCGUGAGGAUGAAGGUGCUGAGUAUGAUCAGCUCAUUGAAAUCAACCUUUCCGAGCUUGAGCCUCAUAUCAACGGCCCUUUCACACCUGAUCUAGCUACACCCAUCUCCAAGUUCAGCGAGGCUGCCAAGGCCAACAAUUGGCCUGAGGAGCUCAAGGUUGGUUUGAUCGGAUCCUGCACAAACUCUUCGUAUGAAGACAUGAACCGCGCCGCCUCUAUUGCUCGCGACGCUCUAGACCACGGUAUUAAGGCCAAGUCUGCUUUCGUUGUCACCCCUGGCUCUGAGCAGAUUCGCGCUACUAUUGCGCGUGACGGUCAGCUCCAAACUUUUGAGGAGUUUGGUGGUACAAUUCUCGCCAACGCCUGUGGUCCCUGCAUUGGACAAUGGGACCGACAAGAUGUCAAGAAGGGAACUCCUAACUCUAUUCUUUCGUCUUACAACCGAAACUUCACUGGUCGUAAUGACGGCAACCCGGCCACCCACUCUUUCGUCACCUCUCCCGAUCUGGUUGUCGCUUUGUCUAUUGCUGGUUCACUCCACUUCAACCCUCUGACUGAUAAGCUGAAGGAUAAGGAUGGCAACGAAUUCAUGCUGUCUCCCCCUGGUGGCAACGCUCUCCCACCUCGUGGAUACGACCCAGGCAACGAUACUUACCAAGCACCACCUCAAGACCGAGCAAGCGUCAAUGUCCAGGUUUCCCCCUCUUCCGACCGCCUUCAGAUCCUCCAGCCAUUCCAGCCCUGGAAUGGUAAGGACGCCCUAGACAUGCCUAUUCUGAUCAAGGCUCAGGGCAAGACCACCACUGACCACAUUUCGAUGGCUGGUCCCUGGCUCAAGUACCGUGGUCACUUGGACAACAUCUCCAACAACAUGUUGAUCGGUGCCAUCAAUGAAGCCAACGGUGAGGCUAACAAGAUCAAGAACAUCACGACCAAUGAUUGGGAUGCUGUUCCAGCUGUUGCCCGUGACUACAAGGCCAAGGGUAUCAAAUGGGUCGUCAUUGGCGACUGGAACUACGGAGAGGGCAGUUCUCGUGAGCACGCCGCUCUGGAACCCCGACACCUUGGUGGUCUUGCCAUCAUUACCCGAAGCUUCGCUCGUAUCCACGAGACCAACCUGAAGAAGCAGGGUAUGCUUCCCCUAACUUUUGCCGAACCUGCCGACUACGACAAGAUCAAGCCUGACGACAAGGUUGAUCUUCUAUGCACUGAACUGGCUGUUGGCAAGCCCAUGACAUUGAGAGUACACCCCAAGGACGGCGAGACCUUCGACAUCAAGCUUAACCACACCUUCAACGAACCCCAGAUCGAGUGGUUCAAGAAUGGCAGUGCGCUAAACACAAUGGCCAAGAAAAACAAAUAAACAUGAUACCAAAAGGGGGGUCGUUUUAGGCUGGAGCGUAAUAUAAAGGAGACUGCAUACUGGUGCAUGGUGGAAAUGUUUUUUCUUUUCUAGAAUCCAUCAGAGGUGUACAGGGUCUUUUUUUUUAUCGGGUUACAGGUGUCAUGCUUUUGUGGGGUGAUUCUAGUUUUAGCCCGUCAUGACGCUGUUUUUACCUAUCUUCUACGAUGUACAAAUGGAAAUAUUCAAGAUAUCACCCACUUGAUAUCAGUGUGAUAUGCUCUUAGGGCCUUAUUGCAGUUUUGCUAUGCUGUCAGAACAGUGUGUACAAAGAGUUGAGUCCCCGGGAGCGGCUCGUGCACUUGGAAGAUCUUAUAUCGAUUGCUUUCUAAGAGUAGAGUGUUAAGGAUAUGUAGUUGAACAGCUCCGAUAAUUGGAAGCGACCAUACAUAGAAGAACAGGGAUUCCGCAUAUCUGCCUGUAGCUUCAAGAUUUAGACACCAAGGGAACGGCAGACAAUACUAGCACGCAGAGUGGUCAUAGACGCAGAUCCUCCUGAAAUCGCUUGGCUAUCUAGGGAAGUCCAAGAGUGUCUGAAAUAUAUUGGGGAUUAGUGUAAUCUUAACGCUUAUUUCGAAGCCCAUCAUCUAGAUAUGUAUAGGUUGUAUAGAUUAUUAAUGAUAAUUCUCGGUGACUAAGUAUGUAUAUAUCCUAUCCUCUUCACUUAAAAGCUU